AUGGAGCCCUUGAAGCGCCACGAGCGCGAGCAGAGGGCCUCACGAACACUUCACAGAGACAUUCCCGAAUUAUUCCGAGCGAUACCACGAGCUGAACAGGGCAUCUCCAAGACAGAGCUCAUUAGCGAUCCCUCGGCCAGCAGCCAAAAACUCUCACAUAACAGCACAGACUCACCUAGGGAUGACCUCGUCAUCCGCGUACAGCCUACCGAUGCGCUUCAGGCUGCGGCUCGAUGCUCGACAAAGCAAGUCGGCGAUGGUCGACGUCGAUCAUCAGCGCUAUCAUCCAACGGCAAGACCGCUAAGGUUGCAGUCCACAGCAUGGGAUCGCUGACACGACCCGGCGGCGGCUUCAUGUCCGGUGCCAAUGGCCAAGAAGAAUUCCUCUGCACCCGAACGACUCUCUACGCGUCCCUCUGGGACAAGUUUUACCCGCUGCCGGAGCUUGGUGGCAUCUACACACCAGAUGUUCUCGUCUUCCGGGGCACCGACGGCGUCGAGCUGGCACGGCGGGACCGCUUCUUCGUCGAUGUCAUCACCGCCGGUGUCGCACGCCAUCCGGUGGACCGCAGCGGCGAGGGUGAGGAAGGUUGUUCCUGCGGCGUGAGUUACUGCGACGAGGAUCGCGACAUCAUGGCCUCGAAGAUGAAGGCCAUCCUGCGCAUCGCACAGAGCAAGGGCGUCCAACAGCUCAUUCUCGGAGACUGGGGUUGUGGCCCUUUGCGGCAUCCCGUCCGCGAAGUCGCGAAGCUUUGGAGGAAAGUCCUGGUUGGUGGUGCUCGACAGCGCCGUGCCAAUGCGGAACAGUGGGAGGGCAUCCAGGAGGUCAUUUUUGCCAUCCCCAACAGCGAGCGGGCGCGCGAGUUCCGUGCAACGUUCGAGGAUGUCCUCGCUGCCGACUUUCCCUCGGCGACACCCUCCCGAUCUUCGAACUCACCUGAUGCUCGCCGCCGACACAGCGACGAGGAACUCGAGCAACUCCUUGCCAAGGUCACUUCGCUUGAGCUUCAGAUCGAUCGGGCGAGAAACGCGUCCCUCCGACAACAGCUUCGCGAUGAGCACUCUGCCGUAAUGCGAGAGCUCGCACUCCAACGCGCGGAACGAUUAACGCGCGACGAUUCCGGCCUCUCAGAAGAUGACGAUAGCGACGCCCUAGAUUACACCCUCGUUGGCAAAGACUCGAACGCACAUGUACCUUACCACUUCGACACCACCAGCUCCUCGGAAGACACCGACUCCGGUUUUUCGCAAUUCGAGGAGAUCAAUCAAUACCAGUUCGGUUCGGCAGCCCGAGACGACGAGCGCGGCGGCCAGCGGCGGAGAUUCUCCACCUCGGAGGAGGACGACGAUGAUGACGAUGACGACAGCGACUUCGAUGAUUUUGACGACAACGAUUUCGACUGGCGAGGUUACUAUUCCCUGUCGUCUUCUUCGCCUCGCAUGACCCCCGACGGCUGGUUCCAGGGGAGCAUCGACGAGCUGAGCCAACAUCUCUACGGGUCCAAAUGCGGGAGCGCUGGAGCCGGCGGCGAAGGUGCUAGAGAAUCCUUUAGUCCCCUGCGUAGCCCGCUGCUGGUUCGGGUGCAAUCGAACGGGACGAACGGGCCCGCAGUCAAUCAUGCCGAGGCUGAAGAGGAUGCCGCCCUUUCGCGAGAAGCCAGCAGCUACUACAUAUUCAAAGCUGCAGUGCUGCGCGCGCGAGGGAUGGAAGCCGGAAGCAUCAUCGUCCGCAUGAACAUGCCUCAGCAGCAAUGCGAGGCGAGACGAAAAUCGCAUCAUCGUGCUGUAAACGGUGUCGCAAUCACAGAAAACUCGCUCAAGGAGCCACAAGCGCAGAGAUCCGCUGAGCGCCGACAACGCGACAUUCCGUUGAUGGGGUGUUGA